CAGUCAGUCAUCUGCUUGAAGUAAAACCAUUCGGCAUUAAUUUGGUGUUACUAACUAAAAUUCCACUUUUAUUCUAUAGAAUAUACUUAAUCGGUCUUCAAUAUAAUAAAGAAAGAAAAAAAAAAAAGAAAACAAAAAUGUCCAAACCUUCAUAUAAAGUUGCUGAUAUCGAAUUGGCUGGCUGGGGACGGAAGGCUAUUGUUAUUGCGGAAAAUGAGAUGCCUGGCUUAAUGGCUUGCCGUCAGAAAUAUGGUCCUUUAAAGAUUUUGAAAGGAGCCAGGAUCGCUGGUUGCUUGCAUAUGACUGUACAGACUGCUGUGCUUAUCGAGACACUGGUGGAGUUAGGCGCUCAAGUUCAGUGGUCCAGUUGUAAUAUAUUUAGCACUCAAGAUCAUGCCGCAGCUGCAAUUGCUGUUGCCGGAAUUCCUGUCUACGCGUGGAAAGGUGAAACGGACGAAGAAUAUGACUGGUGCAUUGAACAGACCCUAGUUUUUCGAGAUGGUAAACCAUUAAAUAUGAUAUUGGAUGACGGCGGCGAUUUGACCAAUUUGGUUCAUGGAAAGUUUCCGCAAUACCUGUCUGGAAUCAAGGGCAUAUCCGAAGAGACGACAACAGGGGUUCACAAUCUGUAUAGAAUGUUCAAAGAAGGCAAGUUAGCUGUACCAGCUAUUAAUGUCAAUGAUUCCGUAACUAAGAGCAAAUUCGAUAAUUUAUAUGGUUGCCGGGAGUCAUUAAUCGAUGGCAUUAAGCGCGCUACAGAUGUUAUGAUUGCCGGCAAGGUAUGUGUCGUAGCCGGCUAUGGUGACGUCGGCAAAGGUUGCGCUCAAGCCCUGAAAAGUUUUGGCGGACAUGUCGUUGUAACAGAAAUUGAUCCAAUCAAUGCUUUACAGGCGGCCAUGGAAGGCUAUGAAGUGAUCACUAUGGAAGAAGCCAGUAAACAAGGCACUAUUUUCGUUACCACCACUGGCUGUAUCGAUAUUAUUACCGGCGACCAUUUCAAAAACAUGAAAAAUGAUGCCAUUGUCUGCAAUAUCGGCCAUUUCGACUGCGAAGUCGACGUAAAUUGGUUAAACGUUAACGCCAUCGAAAAGGUGAAUAUUAAGCCGCAAGUUGAUCGUUACACCCUAGCCAAUGCACGUCACAUAAUUGUAUUGGCUGAAGGUCGCCUAGUCAAUUUAGGUUGCGCUCAUGGUCAUCCCAGCUUUGUUAUGUCGAAUUCGUUCACCAAUCAAGUGAUGGCGCAAAUCGAACUUUUCACCAAAUCGAGUCAAUACGCAAUCGGUGUUCAUAUGUUACCGAAGAUAUUGGAUGAAGAAGUUGCUCACUUGCAUUUGGAGAAAUUAAAUGUAAAGCUUACCAAGUUGACUGAAAAACAAUCAAAAUAUUUGGGUAUACCACGAAAUGGACCCUUUAAACCAGACCACUACAGAUACUAAAUGCAUUAAUGAGUUUUUCUCUUCCUUGAACAUUUUGCCUAAUUACUCUUUCUAAUAAAGGAUCGGGGACAUCUACCGAAUUUAAACUAAUAUUUGUCUUUAUUAGGCCAAUGGCAACACAAACCGAUUUUUUCUAUUACGAAACCAUUUUGAUAACCUUUCACA